GUUGUUGAACUCCCCUCAUCAUCGCUGUCCCGCGGAGGGUGGCGCGCGUCGGGCAGCCGCCAUGAGCACCGAAGAGGAGAUCAUUCGCAUCGCAAAGAAGAUGGACAAGAUGGUGCAGAAGAAGAACGCGGCUGGGGCUCUUGAUUUACUCAAGGAACUUAAGAAUAUGCCCAUGACUCUGGAAUUGUUACAGUCAACAAGAAUUGGAAUGUCAGUGAAUGCAAUACGCAAGCAAAGCGCAGAUGAAGAAGUUACAUCUUUAGCAAAAUCUCUUAUUAAAUCAUGGAAGAAGUUAUUAGAUGGACCUUCAAAUGAUAAAGACUCUGAAGAGAAAAAGAAAGAUGCAGCAUCUUCAUCACAAAACAGUCCUGAAGCAAGGGAAGAAAGCAGUUGCAGUAGCAACUCAAGCAGCAAGAAAGAGGAAGCCAAUGUUCCCUCAGAAACUUUUAUUUCUUCUUUUCCUCGGGCUCCAAGCACAUCUGAUUCUGUAAGGAUGAAAUGUCGGGAAAUGUUGGCAGCAGCCCUCAAAACAGGAGAUGAUUACAUUGCCAUUGGUGCUGAUGAAGAAGAACUGGGUUCUCAGAUUGAAGAAGCUAUAUUUCAGGAGCUAAAAAACACCGACAUGAAAUACAAAAAUAGGGUACGAAGCAGGAUAGCAAACCUUAAGGAUACCAAAAAUCCUAAUCUAAGGAAAAACGUUCUAUGUGGAAAUAUACUUCCUGACAGGUUUGCUAAAAUGACAGCAGAAGAAAUGGCAAGUGAUGAACUGAAAGAGAUGAGGAAAAAUCUUACCAAAGAAGCAAUAAGAGAGCAUCAGAUGGCUAAAACAGGAGGCACCCAGACUGAUCUAUUUACUUGUGGAAAAUGUAAAAAGAAGAAUUGUACUUACACCCAGGUUCAGACCCGAAGUGCUGAUGAACCUAUGACAACAUUUGUUGUGUGUAAUGAAUGUGGAAACAGAUGGAAGUUCUGCUAGAAGAAGAAAUUAUUGAGAUCUGGACCAGUAUGAAAGAGGAUUUUAUAAUUAGCUUUAAAAAUUAGGUUGAGCAUUUAGCUUGCAGCAGAGGAUUUUUUUUUCCCUUGGGAUUUCUCCCUCUCUUUUUUUUUUUAAGCUGACAUCUCUGAAGUUAGAUUUUGGUUUGACAUGGCCAUCCCUGUAGUUAAUAGUCAGUAGAGCCAGGAUACUCAGUUGUAUGGUGUAACUUCACUUCCUCAUUUUUUAUAAGCAAGUGUACAUUAAACUUUUAUCAAUGACA